CUGGUUUUCAGCAAUUAUUCAAAAACACGAAUAACGUUACGAACGCACUGUAAAUGUCAUAUCAUUUGUGAGAAGUGCCUAUAAUUUAAAUGCAAAACACAAACACAAAUGAAACACGUGUUGAGUGUUUGUGUCAUUUAAUUGUCAUUUAAUUGAAUCGUUUGGACACAAGAAUCGCCGCAAAUAACAAUGAAAGUCAAAGUCUUGAGUCGGAGUCACUUCCAGUACAUGAGGGAAACCAAACACGACAUCCAUAAGGUUGAACGCAAUUAUAGCCCAAGUCUUCAUCCGUUUGAGACAAACCGCGAAUACAAGAGAGCGCUAAAUGCGGUGAAAAUGGACCGGAUGUUUGCCAAACCAUUCAUGGGAUCACUCGAUGGUCACUCAGAUGUGGUGCAAACUCUGGCCAAACAUCCGACCCGUUUGUCGACACUAGUGUCGGGUGCGGCCAAUGGAGAGAUCAAAGUGUGGAACCUCUGCGACCGGAAGUGUGUGAAAGCCAUCGCCGCCCACAACGGCAUUGUCCGCAACAUCUGUGUCCCACUUCACGGACAGUACUUCUUCUCAGUCGACGACCAAACCAUCAAACAGUGGUCUUUCGAUGGCUUCGAUGACACGACCACUGAUGCGACAGCUGUUCCGCCCAUGAAUACACUUAUCUCGAAGACAGUUAUACACGGAAUGGAUAUUCAGAGGAAUAAACCAUUUCUGAUAACUUGUGGCGAAAAAGUGGAUCUUUGGGAAGAGAGCCGAACCCAACCGUUACGGUCGUACAGAUGGGGCGCUGAUAGCGUUAAUUGCAUUAAAUUCAAUCCAAUUGAGACGGAUCUGUGUGUCGGCGCCGCCUCUGAUCGCAGUAUUCAGAUAUACGACACAAGAAAGUCGGAUCCUCUGCGCAAAGUAGUGCUCAAAAUGCGGACCAAUAAUAUCGCGUGGAAUCCGAUGGAAGCGUUCGUCUUCACGGCCGCGAAUGAAGACAACGAUUUGUAUACUUUCGAUAUGAGGAACUUGAAGGCAGCCCUUCAGGUCCAUAAGGAUCACGUGUCGGCCGUCAUUGACGUGGACUACUCGCCCACUGGCAAGGAGUUUGUGUCCGGAAGUUAUGAUAAGACUAUCCGUAUAUUCGGUGUCGAGUCCGGAAGGAGUCGCGACGUCUACCACACGAAGCGAAUGCAAAGGCUGACAGCCGUGCGCUGGACUUCAGACAACAAAUACCUGAUCUCAGCGUCCGAUGAGAUGGACAUCAGGAUAUGGAAGGCUUUCGCGUCCGAGAAGUUGGGCCACAAGUCCUUUAGGGAACAGUCGGCCUUCGAUUAUCAACAGAAACUGAUGGAUAAGUACGCCAACCAUCCGGAGAUGAAACGCAUCGCCCGUCACCGACACGUUCCCAAACAUAUCGUCCAAUCGGCUAAAGAGAAGCGCCUUAUGAUUGGCGCAGAAAAACGCAAAGAAGCCAAUCGUCGCGUUCACUCUAAGCCGGGAACUAUUGGAUACGAAUCCGAAAGAACCAAAUCUAUUAUAUCUGAGGAGAAAUAA